UUAUGUGUCUUUGGCUGCGUUCAAAGAACAACAAUGAUGUGGAAACUGGCUUUUCCUUUCCUGGCAGCUCUGCUUGCUGUUGGUUUUGGUCAAGACACAGAAGGUUUUACCGAGUUGAAAGCCAACGAUCCAGGCGUCCAGACAGCUCUGAAGUUUGCUAUGGAUGAAUACAACAAAGCCUCCCCAGACGUUUACCUCUAUGUAGUGGUGAAGGUCAUCAGGGUUCAGAGAAAGUUUCUUGAAGGUUACAAGUACAUCCUAACUGUGAAAAUAGCAAGAACCGAGUGCAUCAAGGACAGCGGGGAUGGACCGUGUCCUGUCUUCACCGAUCCAGUUUGGCAAAUGGAAUAUCAAUGCAGAUUUGUUGUGUACAACAGUGUGUGGUUCCGUCGUUGGAUGCUGCUGGAAAAUAAAUGCUCUUAGGAGAAAACAACAGAAAAUCUUCUGAAUUGAAGUUUCUUUUAGGUUAACAUGAAAAUGAAACACUAAAAUACCAUUUGGCCAAUAAAACCUCGAGAUGAAAAACUU